UAAAGGUGGACUGCUGUGUGCCGCGGUGACUGUAAUUCGACUGCCGUCGUCUGUGCCCGUCGACUUUGUCUGUGAUCGUAGCUGGAAACUAUUUUAUUUCUUCAAUAUGUCUGUGAGUCGGAGAAACUGGUCGGCUUUGUCCAGCCUUGCACGACAGUGGACAAUGGAGGACGAGGAAGAGGUGGAGCGGGAGAAGAGGAGGAGGGUGAAGAGCUCAAGCACCAGUGCUGACCAAGAUGAUGACUCCAGCCCCACUCCCACUCCUGAAAACACAUCUGCCAGCGAGAGCGCCUUUGGGACAGACUCCUCAAGUGAAAUGUCCCAAAGCUCCAACAGCAUGGAGCAGGUACAGCUUGACUUUGUGGAGAUGCUGCGAGUGCGUGACGAGAGGCGAAGGAUGCGGCACGUGGAAACGUUGAGACAACAGAAGGAUGGAGGGGAGGAUGAAGCUGAGGUCAGCAAAGAAGGAGGUGCCAGGGUAGAGCUGCUGGGAGACAUGGAUGCAGAGAAGGAGAGUGUUGUCAAACCACAGCCACCAGUAAAAACAUCUUCUCACACCAGCAGCAGCAAAAGUAGAACCAGCAUCUCAAGCAACAAACAUGAGAAUGAAGAGUCAUCAGGCAAAGACCCUGAUCCAAAACCCUCCUCCGGCCCAGCUCGCAAGUUUGUCAGUUCUGUCUCCAUCUCACUUGACAAGAGUCCAUCUGUCAGCGGGCGCACAACUCCCAUGAGCCCCGGUUCUCCGUCAGCCCCCUGGUCACCUCGCGAACACUGGACUUCCCCCUGCCAGAGUCCCUCUCCUCGGGGAGCUCAAAGCCCUGUUCACAAUGGGCACACGGAGGAGACCGGCGUGAAUCGCUCCACCAGUGGAAACUUUGAACAGGCAAACAAACCUGCCUUCAUCAGACAGAGCUCCAGGACUGUAUCUUUCAGGAUGAUGAGAAAGAAAGAAGAGGAUCCUUCGCCGCUCCAGAGGAGAGCUGCUAUGUUGAUUGUCUUUGUUUUGAAGCAGGACCAAAACGAGGAUGAAAACAAAGCGUCAUCUUUCCAGAGAAACUCUAGGCAGAGGAUUUCAUCUAGAUCCAUCCAGGAAAAGAUGGAGAGGCUGGCUCAGGCAGCGCAGAAGUCCGAGCUGACGCGAUUCCCAGAUGUCACCCAGAGGACUCUGGUCCUGCUGGAAGAAGUGUCCAGGAAGAGAGAGAUCUUUGAGAAGGAGCAGCAGGUGCAGAGCCCCUCCAGCCCCGGAGUUUCCAAACAGGAAAUUAGAGGCUUGACAUCAGGAAUGUCAGAGCGGAUCAACCGCUGGCUCCACAAGAGCAGCAAAGCUGGGUCUUCGCACAGUCCUGCUGAUUUGAGACAUGUGGACAUUUCUAGUAAGAGGAGCCUGUUUGAGAACAGCGGUGAAGACAGUGUCUCAAAAUCCAGCCCUGGAAAAAUCUGAAGUGAAGGAAGUUUAUUUAUAAUGUCC